GGCAAAGUGAUGAAAGAGUAGUAAAGCUCAAAUCUUUAUCUUUAUUUUUUGUUCUCUCUGAAAAAUUUCUAAAAUUUUGAAGCUUCGUUGAAGGAAUUAUCGUCUUUUUUUUUUCAUUUUUUCUUUGAUUUUUUUGGGGUUUUUUGAGGUGCAAAUAGCAAAAGCAGCAAAAUUAAUGGCUACUGAAGAGGUCAAUAAGCCUCCUUCACUUCCUUCAUACCCACAGCUGAUUAUGAACGCCAUUGAAGCAUUGAACGACAAGAAUGGUUCUAACAAGACAUCAAUAUCCAAAUACAUUGAAUCCAAGUAUGGAGAUUUGCCUGCUGGUCAUACUACUCUCCUUUCACACCACCUUAAUCGUAUGAAACAAACAGGGGAACUUGUCUUCUUGAAAAACAAUUACAUGAAAGCUGACCCUAAUGCACCACCUAAACGUGGUCGUGGUAGGCCACCUAAACCCAAGGUUCCAUUACCACCAGGUGUGGUUUUAACCCCUGCUAGGCCUAGAGGUCGACCUCCAAAAGACCCCAAUGCUCCCAUUACUUCUUCAAAACCGGGGACCGGGAAACCACGCGGUAGGCCACGGAAAAUGGCUCGACCGGAAGGUGGAAUAACCGGGAAUUCAACGUUAAUUUCGACCGGUUCCGGAAGGCCUCGGGGUCGUCCUCCUAAGGUGAAGACUUCACCAUUGACUGAAGUGAGUGUUGGACAUUAAGAAGAGUGUGUUUUUAUGAGUGGUGAUUACUGUUUGACUAUUUAGAACUUUGCAUGGUGCUUGUUAGCUUUGUCUAUUGUGUGUGUGUGUUGUAGGAUUAGUUGUAGUUUGUUCCACUUGUUAUUGAGGAUGAUGAUGAUGAUGAUGUGAUGAUUAGUGUUUAAUGAUGAUUAGUGUUGUUGGGUUGUUUCAACUUUUGUCUUCGAAACCUUGUACAUGUUGGCUUUUGACCGAAGUCCUGGUCUUGGUUUAUUGAUCCUGUUAUGUCUGGUCGUCUUUGUCAAUAAAGAGCAAAAACAUCCUUUUUGGCCCA